GAACUGUGGAGCUUACGCGUGGCCUCGUGCCUUUUCUUGGUGGCGGGAAAAGUGGGUCGAGGUUGGAGGGGCUUGCAGAAUUGUUGCAGUAGUUCUCUCUGUUCCUCGCUCCAGAAGAGCACAAAAAAAGUGUAGCUUCUGAGCUGAAUGAUGACAACAUUGCAGAGUAAAGAAGAGUAUGGGAAAGGAUCAAAAAAACCCUUUAUCCCACCUGCACAAAAAGUGCAUAGCCUGAUGCCCUAUAACCCUAACUCACACAAAGAGGAGACUCUGGGGAUCAGUUCCCUGGAGGCAGAGGCCGGACCAAACCUGCUAAAGGCCAAGUUAGAGAAGAAGGAGGAGGAAGCAACCACAGUGAAUGGUCCAUGCAGUGACCAGGAGAAAAAAGUAAAGGUUCAAGACAACAAGCAAGCAGAGAAGAAAGAAAAGGAAAAAUCAAAUCUUACCGAUGAAGAGUUUGAGGAGAUUGUCCAGAUUGUUCUACAGAAGUCCCUCCAAGAGUGCUUGGGUAUGGCUUAUGAGACUUCCUGUGCCCAGCCCAUAAGACAUACCCAGUUAGACAAGGAACCAGGAAUUGCUUCUUCUACUACUGAUAAUGAUAAUGCUGAUAGAGAGUGGGUAACGGUACCUCAUAUUCUAGAGAUUUCAGCCUCUCAGGAAGAUGGAAUAAUCCCAUCUAAGCCAGACCAGCCAGAUCUUGCAUCAUCUGAGAAGAAAUUCAGUAAACUCUCCUUAAGGAGAAGAAAGAAAAAAGCUCAAGAUGAGAAAAUGAAGAAAGCCCAGCGAGGACAUGAGCAUAAACAGAAAGACCAACUGAAGAAAAUGGUUCAGGAUCAUGCUCAGAUCAGGGACCAACAAAAAGGAGAGGAAAGUGGUUUUGGUCAGUGUCUAGUCUGGGUCCAGUGUUCUUCCCCAAACUGUGGGAAAUGGAGGCGGCUUCAUGGGAACGCUGACCCCUCAGUCCUUCCAGAUAAUUGGUCCUGUGACCAGAAUACAGACUUGGAGUACAAUCACUGUGAUAUCCCUGAGGAGACCUGGAUAGGGCAUGAGAGUGAUGUGGCCUAUGCCUCCUACAUCCCAGGAUCCAUCAUCUGGGCCAAGCAAUAUGGUUACCCCUGGUGGCCAGGCAUGGUAGAAUCUGACCCUGACCUGGGGGAAUAUUUUCUUUUUGCUUCUCAUCUUGAUUCCUUGCCGUCUAAGUACCAUGUGACAUUUUUUGGAGAAACAGUCUCUCGUGCUUGGAUCCCAGUCAAUAUGCUAAAGAACUUUCAGGAGCUGUCUCUGGAGCUAGCUGGAGUGAAAAAGUGCAGAAACAAGGACUGCAGCCAGAAACUGGGGGCAGCCAUGAUAAUGGCUCAGGAGGCAGAACAGAUCGGUAUUCAGGAGCGGGUUAAAUUGUUUGGUUUCUGGAGCAGAUACAGUGGAUCUGACAAUAAUGGGGAAGGAAAAGACUUAAUGCUCACUGGGGCUAAGAGCCCAGAUUACUUCUUGGAGAAAGAAGAGGAAGAGUCAGACUUGGAGAAGGAGGAAGAGGAGGGAGAGAAAAAAGACCCAACUUUGCCCAGUCCCAAGCCAGCCAAAAUUCAGACAAAACCCCCCAAGGCAAGAGGCAUAGCAGAUGGACGAGAUGGGACUCAGCAAGGGAAGUCAGUGAAGAGAUCUCUUGGAAAUGAACCUGCAGCUGCUCCUGUACCCAUAAUGGGAAGGAAAAAAGUGCAUGGGAAUUCAGAUCCUGACCAGCCAGGUAAGGCUCUCCAGUGGUUCUCAACCUUCCUAAUGCCGCGACCCUUUAAUACAGUUCCUCAUGUUGUGGUGACCCCAACCAUAAAAUUAUUUUCGUUGCUACUUCAUAACUGUAAUUUUGCUACUGCCCCAGUCCCAUCCAUUCACUGUCGCCGUCUCCUGGCCACCUCAGCUGAGCUGGAUGGGCGCCCUGAGGGGCAGGGGCUGAGGUCACGACGUGCCCAGCGCUCUGCAGCGCACCCUGCACCACAAUCCGCCGGCACACGGGGGCCUGAGGUCGCACCCCGGGCGGGUGGUCUUGGCAUCCAGGUCCCAGCUCCCCUUCUGCGCCUGGGGCUCCCCGGCAGGUCUCCAGAGGGGCCUGUGGGCGGGGAGGCGGCUGCUGGGCGCCGCCUGGGGUUCCGGACCGGCGAUGGCAGCUGA